AUGUUUGAAGAAUUUUACUAGAAAUAUCUAAUCAUAGGUUCAAAUGUACCUGAAGCUCAAAGACAGAAAUUGAACUUCCUGAUAUUUGCAAUUAAGAAUCACUCAAACAAUGAGAUUGAAAUAAAUCCUGAAAAUUAUCCUGAUCUUGAUAUAGAUGAAAUCCAAGGAUUGUUUAAUUUACCAGUCGAGGCUUAAAAGAGCAUGUUCUGUUCAGUUUUUAAAAGUUUAGAAUUAGAAGAUGAAUCAAAGAUUAUGGGUGAAUUAAAUGUGAAAGGAGAGACAUUAGGAAUUUGGAGAUCUAAAAAAUUAGAAUUGAAUUUAACCCAUAAAAAGUUAAUUGUACCUAGAAAAGAAGGUGAUAUAGAAUUAUAAUUAUCAAAAUAUGGAAUAAUGUGGGUAGGGUAAAAAAAGACCAAAAGUUCCCAUUACUGUUUUAUUCUAAUCGCACACAAUCAAGCAAUAUAUGAUCAUUAUAAGUAAUUGAUAAUGGGAUCAGAUGAUGAAGAAUAUGCAAAGAAAUGGUUUAAUCUUUUGAGUGGAAUUUGUGAUACAAAACCUAUCCAACCAAGAAGGAUGAGUGUUGAAUUUACAUAAUAAACAGUAUCCAUUUCCCCUUUGAAUAAAUCUGAUCAAUUGGAUUUGAGCAAAAGUGAUAAUCUUAACAACAAUUGGUUAGAAUUUAAAUCAUCCAAUAAUAAAGAUAUGCAAAGAAUUUCAGAAUAACCUGAAUCUCCUGAUAAUUUAAAAAGGACCAAGUAAGAGUUUCUUACAAAUUUAAAACAAGAGGAAAAACCCAACUUCUAAGUCUUUAUUCCAUAAAUUGAAUAAGCUCAUAAAGUACCUGCAUAUUUAUCUGACAUGACUGUAGAUAAAUUUAAGUAAGGAGAAUUUUAUAGAGUAGGGAACAAUGUUUAUAAAAGUGUAUCCAAAAAGGGAUUAUACCAAGUUCAAAUUAUUUUAGAACAUGAUAUUGAAAUAGUUCGACAUUUUCUGUAUGAAGGCUUAGGGUUUAAUAAAUUCAUUUCAACGGAAUGGACAAUGUUUGAUUAUUAAGAUUACAAGGUUGUGGAUCAGAUUAGAAUCAAAUCAAUUUUUGGAUUUGAGAAGACAUAAUAAUUGUAUAUAAUGAGAUACAAGGCAACUGAUUGUGUUAUAGAAAAAUAACUCAAUUCAGUAAAUCCAAUUUAUUCAAUUGCCAAAUUGUUCAGGAAAUCAAUUUAAAAGUGUUCCUUUGGUGGAAUUUAGAGAGGAAACCAAAAUUAUUCAACUGAUUCGAUGCCUCAAUAAACAAUAAUUUAGAUCAUAUACCAACUUGAUGAUAAUGUUUUCUUUGAUUCUUAAAAUAUCUCCUUUAUGGAAUAAUAUAAUUAUUUGGCAGAUCACAUUGAUUACGUCAUAAAUUUUAGAGACCUACACUUUGAAUAAAAAUAAUUAUAAACAGUAGUAUCUUUGUCAAAUCACUCAGAGGAUCUAUUUGUCUAACAAUUCAACCAAUCAAUAGAAUUAUAAAACACAGUUCCCAACAAUUUAAUGGAGCUUUUAGAAUUUGUUUAAAAUAAUAAACACUGGGAUGUUUGUUUGAACAAGGAAUUUCAAAUAGAGCCAAUGAAAGUAGAACCUAAAUUUCAGAAAUCUACAUCAGAAGGGCAUUUCUUACUAAAAAACUAUUGGAAAGUGGAUGAAAACCAAGGAGGUUUGUUAUAUGUUGAUUAGGUUGGAUUAAGAGAAUAAAAGAAAGUAUUUUCUUAUUUACUGUCAUAAAUAGGAUCAAAUUUAGCUACUGGAAAAUCAAUAACAAACAUUAGCUUACCAGUUUAUGUAUUCGAAAAAUAAAGUAAUCUUUAGAGAUAUGCCAAUUCUCUUACUUACUUAUAAUAUUUAGAUGAGGCAGUCUCAAAGGAUUAUCUAUUUCAAAUUAAAAACUUCUUGCCCUAUGGGUAUGGCACAAUCAUACUAUAUUUGAACAUGUGGAAACCAUUUAAUCCUAUUCUUGGAGAAACAUACUCAGGAUUUAUAAAUGGUUGUCCUAUUUACGCAGAGUAGGUGUCACAUCACCCACCAAUAAGCAAUUUAUUGAUUUAUGGAAAAGGAUACAGAGUGAAUCAUCGUCUAAGUACGAUAGCAAGUAUUUCGGCUAAUUCAGUCAAUGGAAUCAAUUAAGGAUAUACAAAAGUGUAUUUUUAUGAGACUAAAAACGAACUUAUCUUCUUGCCUUGUUCUGGCCUAUACACCGGAACAUUGUAUGGGGAUAAACUAUUCUAGAUGGUGGGGAAAUUCCAUGUUAUUAAUUUGAAACACAAAUUAGUAGCAGAAAUUAAAUUGAAUCCAUAUCCAGGUUCCAUUUGGAAAAAAAGGAGAGAACAUUUAGAUGAUUAUUAUGAGGGUUGCAUCUAUGAAGUGAAUGAUGAUUUUGUUAAGAGAUUCCAAAAAGAUGGAUACUUGAAAUUCAAGGAAUUGAAAUAGAAUGAAAUUAUUAGGGAAAUUUCUAAAAUUAAUGGAGUUUGGCAUAAAAAUAUGUAUAUAGACAAUAAAGAAAUAUGGAAUAUUAAUACAGAACCUUACGUAUUAGAAGAUGAAGAACAUCCCUUACCAUCAGAUUCCAAUUUUAGGGUAGAUUUAAUUGCAUGGAAGACUGGAAAUUUUGAUUUAGCUAUGAAGAUGAAGACAAAUAUGGAGGAGGCAUAAAGAGCUGAUGCUAAAUUAAGAAAAAAACGUUGA